UUCCGAUACAAGCUCCUAGGCGUUAAUCUCGUCGCUCAGGUCGACUUUUCCCACCUCCAGCCCUCCCUCAGAUUCCUCAGGCAAUUGACGCCCCUCAAGAGACCUCAUUUCUGACUGGCAGAGGCGGCGCAGCGGCAGCAGCAGCAGCAGGCAUGAAAACAAAGCGGAGAAAAACGCGAGUGUGUAAAAGUAACGUCUUCGGCCUACGAUGACGUCGCAUCGCCACUGUCAACCAAGAGAAGUUGCUUCUGACUUCCGCAUCUUGCUGCUUUUGGACCCGGGGCCGCCUCCGGAAGGGCGGAACGAUCGACGCUGGCAGGGCCUGGGAGCGAACCCCAAAUGGCGGAGUCUGCGGAGGAACAAGAGGCGGAUUUAGAUGCCUUCCUAGACAAAUUCCGGGGCCCUCAGCGCUAUGAGGGGGCAUUCAGUCCACAGAACUGGGAGCAGGAAUUUGACCAGAUUCCAGUGUUCAUGAAGAAAGCUCCUUCUGAAAUAGAUUCUGAGCAGAAUCCUGACCUGGCAUGUCUUCAGUCUAUUAUUUUUGAUGAAGAACAAACUCCUGAAGAGCAAGCCAAGACCUAUAAGAAUGAGGGCAAUGAUUAUUUCAAGGAAAAGGAUUAUAAGAAGGCUGUGAUAUCCUAUACUGAAGGACUAAAAAAGAAAUGUAAUGACUUAGAAUUGAAUACCAUACUUCAUACGAACAGAGCUGCUGCCCAGUUUUAUUUGGGUAAUUACCGCUCUGCUCUCAAUGAUGCUAUUGCAGCAAGAAGACUGAAACCCAACCACCUCAAGGCAAUAACAAGAGGAGCGCUGUGCCAUUUGGAGCUCAAACAUUUUUCUGAAACCAUGAUGUGGUGCGAGGAGGGGUUGAGAAUAGAUCCCAAAGAAAAGAAACUUCUAGAAACGAGAACUAAAGCUGACAGACUAAAGCGUACUGAAGAGAGGGAUUUCAGAAAAGCUAAAUUGCAAGAGAAGAGGGAACAAUCUCAGAAGGAGGCCUUACUGAAAGCCAUCAAGGAUCGGAAUAUCAAAUUGUCUCCAGCAUCCUCUAAGGAUGACACUGUGAUAUCAGCAGGCCUGGCUGAGAUAUCUUUAGAUGGGCUCAGCUCAGAAAAUGAUGUUGGUGCCAAAGUCUGUCUAGAUGAGAAUGGCAGUCUAACUUGGCCGGUGCUGUUCUUGUAUCCUGAGCAUGGGCAAACUGACUUCAUCUCUGCUUUUCAUGAAGAAUCAAGAUUUAUUGACUAUUUAAUGGUCAUGUUUGAAGAACUACCUCCCUGGGAUAUAGAAAAAAAGUAUAUUCCGAGUGAACUAGAGCUUUAUUAUGAGGAUGAAGAAAGAGGAGAGAUAUACCAGAUAGGCACGGAAACAACAUUGUUACAAGCGCUGCAGCACCAAAGGUACUUCAUAAAAGCUGGGACUCCUACCUUUUUGGUUUUGGUCAAACUUUCUCCUUUCUCUAGAAACUACUUCUUUGGAAAGAAGGUUCACCAUCUAAAGUGAAUGCGCAUGAAUUCUUUUUGGGGGAGAACACCCCCCCCCCGCAUAUUGGAACAAGCCCUCUUGAGAUUUAUAAACUGGAAAGAUGGAACAUUUUGUAUGUACAUAUUUUCUUCUACAAUCAAGAUGACAGUUGUUACGACACGUGUUCUUGGGAACUUGUGUGUGUGAACUUGCCAGCCACAUGUCCCAUGAAACACACGUUGAGCGGAGGGGGAUGUUUUGCUAGGGAUAAAACUAAGCGCUUUGCCCUGAAAUGUGCCUAAAUGGUGUGUGUAUAUCCAAGAAAUGCAGGUCCAAACCAGACUAAUGCAAAGCUUUCUUGUAUUGAGAAAAGAGAUGAAUAGUAUUACAAAAUUACUGGGUGCGUGGCAGCAUUAAUCAUUAAUAUCCUAACCCAUUCAUAACUUCAAACUAAGAGUUUAAAGGACCCUAUUACUAUAAAGAGUGACAGGUAGGAGAGAUUACCUAUCGUAGUCCAGGAGUGGGCAGUUGAAUACAGCUGAAGUGAUGUGGAAGAGCUCUGACCCAAAACCAGGAAGGAUUUUGUUUGUCUCAAGGCUGGUGCCAAGACACAAAAUCCCUUCCUGGUUCUGUCCCUGCCGUCCCUCGCUUUGAGAGCGUAGUUACACGUGUUGGAGCUCAGAUUGCCAUUACCCCCUCCUUCAGCGCAAACCUCUUUUUUUUCUCUCUCAUCCCCCUGCAAAGGAAGGGUCUGGGUAUGAGGUGAUUUUGUGUGUGUGUGUUUCUAGCUGAUGCUGAGAAACUCAGGCUACUUUCUUUGAACAAUGGGAUUGUUCUGCUAGAAGUCUGCCAAAGAAGAAGAAAACAAUUAUUUCAGUUUCUCUUAGUUGUUUUUGUUACUUCCAAACUGGCCUUGUUGUCCUUUACACUGUACCUCAGGAACGCAUAACCAGCAAAACAAAGGGUGUGUGGGGUGGGAGUUAUAGUUCAGCAGGCUCCAGGACCUUGCACCUAACACAGUUUACUAGACCUGUUUCCUAAUCCUAGCCUAUACAAAACUCCCCUGCAAAAGAAUGAAAUAUUUGUGCUACAGAACCAGCACUGGCACUUCCAUUCACAUUUCCUCUUGUAUUACAAAAUAAUUUCGGUGAAUAAGCCUCAUUAUUCACAUUUUCUUAAAAGUAAAGGAAUAGAUCAAAACUGCUCAUACUUUUAAGUAAAAAACUGUUCCACCUCCACUGUCAGAGGCAAUAUGCCUCUGAAUACCAGCUGCUACUUAUCACAGGUGGGGAGAGUGCUGUUACACUCAGGUCCUGCUUGCGGGCUUGCCAUGGGCAUCUGGAUGGCCACUGUAAGAACAGGAUGCUGGACUAAAUGGGCUUCUUUGGCAUGAUCCAGCAGGGUUAUGCUUAUGUUAUCUACCUAGAUAUUUAAAACACUGAAUUUUGCUUGAGAGAAACAGAUUUUUGGUCUGAAUAUUUGGUUAGUUUUCAAAGUAUCCAGGUUGCCAUAAGUUCUGUUAAUUUCAGAGGGGUUUUUACUUGCAGACCAACUUGGCAUAUAACUUUGCAGCUGUAAGUACCGUAAAUUAAGUGUUUUGGGUGUUGGGGAACAUACGUCCAAUGCUAUACAAGUAUAGCUAAAAAUGCUGUUUUAAGAAGGUUUGGAAUGUGUGGGGCCUCCUAAUUGCCUACCCUCUGUUGUUACUCAUAGCCACAGAGAUUAAACCACAGUUGUGAUUUCUUUACCACUGUCUUUUGCACUUCAGCAAAGGAAUGUGGAGCUCAUUGUUGAGAGCUGUGCAGUUUUAUUGACUUUUCUGUGCCUAGAUCACAUUAACCUCUUGAAAAUAAACAGUUUAAAAAGGUGA